GACUGCAUUCUGCUAUCCCCCUGGAACUCUACAGAAUGAACUUCGCUGCCCAGUUCUUCUACUACACUUUCCAGAGCGAUGGGACCCCCUGGAAGGCCAGCUUCAGCGACAGUGAAGAAUGCGACCCCUUCUGGCAAAGGUGGGAAACUGCACCCCCAGACUGCAAAGAGCUUCGCUCUCCCCAGUGUCUCCUGGACACCCCAGCACCCCUCAUUCCAGAUGCAGCACCUCCACCUCCAGAGGUUGUAGAGGCUGUUCCUCACCCCCAGGACAGCCUCCAAUGCCCCACGCCUAGCCCUCCUCUACCUGCCUUCCAGAGCCUGGUGGGGCUCCUCCUUCGCUUGGCCCUGUCCUUCAUCCUGCUCUUCUUCUGCAGUGUGGAGGAGCGAAUAGGAGGCCAAAGGAAGAACAGUGCCCCGCUGGAUGGGCGGGGCCAUCAGGAUGGAUCUGUCAUGAAUGGCUGCCUGGCCCGCAGGACCACGCCCAUCCACCCGGAGCGGCUGAAGGACUUUGGGGAGGAGGAGUAUCUAAACGGGGAUGUGCGGACUCGGGAGAACAAGGUAGUGGAUCAGCUUGCGCCCCAGCUGAUGUCAACGCCCAAACCUGCCAAAAAGCGGGACAGCGAGAUCAAGGCCCCACCAAAACCCAAGACCCCACCCAAGACACCGCCUAAGACCCCGCCCAAGGCCCCGCCCGAGGCCCCGCCCGUGCACCUGUGCUUCGAGGAUAUCAGUGCAGCCGCCUUCAAAAUCCAGUCAGGGCUACAGAAGACCCCCUGCACGUAUUCCCGCCUGUCCAAGCAGUACGGCAUGGAGAUCUUCCUGAAAAAGGAGCACCUGCACUACACAGGGUCUGUGAAGGAGAGAGGGGUGCUGUACCUCCUCACCUCCCUCAGACAGGAGCAGCAGAGGAAGGGGGUGAUCGUGGCGACAGACAGUAACUUCUCCAUGGCGGUGUCGCACCACGCUGCCGACCUGCGCAUCCCUGUCUUCGUCAUCAUGCCGGCCGGCAGCUCCCCGGCGCGGCUGCGCAUAUACCGCGACUACGGCGCCAUGGUGAUCUCCUACGGCAGCACGCCGCAGCACUCCCAGAACCACGCCCGACACUUGGCCAAGGAGAACGACUACCUGUACCUGGAGGAAGAUGACAGUGCAGUGUACAUGGCGGGGCUGGGUACGGUGGGGAUGGAGGUCUACGAGCAGGUGCCCAGGCUGGAUGCGGUCAUCCUGCCUGUGGGAGGGAACUGCAGCCUGCUGGCAGGUGCUGCGGCAGCCCUCAAGCACAUCAACCCCCGAAUCGCUGUCAUCGGAGUUGAGCUGGAAGAUUACCCUGUCCUUCUCCAGUCUCUUAAAAACGACUGUCCUGUCAAAGACCUCUACAGCUCCCCCAACAGGAAGCUCUAUGGAGACUUGGUGGAUCCUCCCCUGGGUGGACAUGCAUUUCAGCUGGCCAAGAAGCUGGUGGACAAAGUAGUCUCUGUGAGAGAGGAGGAGGCUCUGGUGGCCAUGCUUCGGUUCCAGGAGUACGAGAGGUCCACUGUAGACGCCGAAGGGGCCAUUGGACUGGCUGCCAUCUUAGCUGGGAAGCUGCCCGAGCUCAAAGGAAAGAGGGUCUCAGUGGUAGUGAGCAGUGCUAACAUGGAGCUAGGCGUUAUCAGGAAGUGUGUGGAGCGGGCCCUGGUUCUUGACGAGCAGGUUGUACGGUUUACGGUGGAGCUUGGGGACUUGCCUGGUGACAUGGCCAAGCUGCUGGACAUUCUGGCCAGAGAGGACGUCAGGUUGCUCAGUGUGUGUCACCGGAGACACAGCGACAGAUCUGAUCUCUUUAAAGCUCAGGUGGAGUGCGUGGUGGAGAUGCGGGACAAAACACAGAGUUCUCAACUGCGAACCACACUCUCCGAGCGUUAUCCGUCCCUGUGCUGGCUGGAUCGAUGA